AUCGCGUACAUACCCGGCGGGAUCUCGGGACCGAGAUCCUCUGCGACUCGGCUCGGUGGCACAUCUUCUUCCGCUGUGACGCAUGCUGGGUCAAAGAACUGGGGUUAUGGAUACGACGAGGACGAAUACUUCGAACUCCCCGACGACCUUGAGGCCGCUAUCGCAGAGUUGAUCAUCGACGACGAUCUCAUCGCCUCCCUCGGGGCCGCACGAGACGACGAAAUCAUCCCCGGUGUGGAGUCCAGGAUCGAAGGCACAACAGACGAAGGGUUCAUCGUGUCAACCAAGGGCGGUCAGAACGCCACAUUGCUUCGCAUCAAGAUGCUCCAAGAAAUGCAGGAGGCGGAGGAUAUCAACACUGAGACCGAGUCCAAUCAGCAAGAAUUCGCAGAGCAGUGCGCUGUUGAUGAGGGCUCGCUCGCGAUACCGGAACCUGAUUUCUCUGCCUUUGAGGCGUUCGAGAACCAUCUGAUAGAGAUGCACGAGGGCCAGUACAAGUUGUCAACGUUGAACGAGUCCAUGGCCGCCGGUCUGGGUCGAAGAAGAAUCCUCGGGGGAAAGAGAAAGAAGAAACAGAAAAAGAGGGAUGAUGAUGAUGAUGAUGAUGAUGAUUAUGAUUUUGGGGGCAUCGACACCAAGUUCUGCUGGAAGUCCUCCUAUGGCAGGGGUGUGGGCACCAUACCCAAUAAGUGCCCGCCGGGCAAGGAGAGAAGGGGUUUCCUCUGCUACGACAAGUGCGACAAAUUCACGGAUGCCCAGUAUGUGCGAGGCGGCGUGGGCGACUGCCACCAGAAGUGCACUGCCGGCUUCCGUGACCACGGCAUGUUGUGUCACAAGGGAAACCAUGGCCGUGGCUGGGGAAAAAGUCACUGCGGAUGGUACCGUUGGUCCGCCGCCGGACUGGGCGAGCCCGCCACCCGUCGGCAACUGCUCGGCGGCGCUAAAACGAAGCUCGUGUGCGCCGGACCCGAGUGCCGUAAGCGAGGACUGGACUCGUGCGGAGCGUUGUGCUAUCCGCACUGCCCGAGCUCACACCCGCGAAAGAUCGGUUGCAACUUGUGCGGGGUUUCGUGCUCCGGGUAUGCCGGAGGCAGCGUGCCGCCGUCGUGCAUGAAGAAAGUGAAAUUUUCUCCUGGGCUUCAAUCACCGACUUGCCCCGAUAACAAGGAAUACGACGCGGGCCUGUGCUAUCAAAGUUGCCGCCCUGGAUACCGCGGGGUCGGCCCGGUGUGCUGGGGCCAACCCCCGGUUGUCAACGGCAGGCGGUGGGUCAAUUGCGGCUUUGGCGCCGCGAAUUCUGACGCGGCGUGUGCCGAAGUCAUCACCAGCCAGAUCCUCGGACCGCUCGAGAUGGUCGCGUUCGUCGCGACGGCUGGAACCAGCUCCUUCGCAACCAUCGGUCCGAAGUCUGCGGCUCGAAUGACUUCCAAACUUGCCAACACAUUCAAAGGGAGUAAAGUCAAAAUGAUGAAAGACGCCGGCAACUCUUUGAAAAAGUCGGCAAAGAAGCAGCUGGAUGAUAUGGAACCCCAAGAUGCCGCGGAGUUCACAGACAAGGUCGACACACUGGCGAGGUCACAGAGCGAGACGGAAGCGGUGCAAGCCGCCGCGGAACUCGCCGCGAUGGUCGAUACAACCGGAGUCGCUAGCACCAUCGCCGCGUUCUCGUGGGACACGUGCGAUAAGAUUCACAGCAGCGGUUGAGUCCUCCCGAUUCCGUCACGGCUCGUACAUAUCUGUUGAUAAGUGUCACCUAGCUAGUGCUAAAUAUCAUACUUGUAUUCACGCG